CAUUAUUAUUUCUUGCCGAUUCACUGUUGUGUAUGGUUCCUCAUGCCACCGGAACCUUCGUUUUUGGCUUCUCGCAGCGCUCUCUGUCUCUCUCUUAGUCAAAACCUGAAUCGACACCGCUUGCUCACUCAAUCGUCGCCUUCUUCCCCCAGCUGGUGUAUUGUGGUGUAGUGGGGGGUUUGAUCUGUAGUGGGUGCUGUCCUGCGAGGAAUGCACCACGUUGAGCAAUUUUGAACUAAAAUUGUGCUGAGAUUUUGUUGAAAUCUCGAAUUGGGUUCCUCCAGCAGUCGCUAUGGCGAAGGGGACGAUAGCGGACAGCGCAGCAUGGAAGAAGCUGCAAGGGCACGUCGAAGAUAUCAACAAGACACAUCUCCGGGACCUCUUGAAAGAUGAGAAACGCUGCCAGGGUAUGAUCAAAGAAGUUGACGGAAUCGUUUUCGAUUACAGCAGGCAACGUGCAACUGCAGAGACCGUGGAAGGCCUCCUCUCUCUUGCCCAGGCAGCCAAGCUCUCGGAGAAGAUCGAGGCAAUGUGGAGCGGCCAACGCAUCAACGAAACCGAGGAUCGGGCCGUCUUGCACGUCGCCCUUCGAGCGCCUCGCGAUGCUGAAAUUCUAUGCGACGGGAAGAACGUUGUCCUUGAGGUUUGGGCCACACUGGACAAGAUAAAGGCCUUCGCCGAGCGUUUGCGGAGCGGGGAUUGGAUUGGUGCUACCGGGAAGCCCCUCACAGACGUAGUCGCAAUCGGUAUUGGGGGGAGCUUCCUCGGUCCGUUGUUUGUGCACAGCGCUCUCGAAACUGACCCGUCCGCUCAAGAGCUCUCCAAGGGUCGCUCGCUGCGCUUCCUCUCAAAUGUGGAUCCUGUGGAUGCGUCCAUCGCGCUCAAGGGUCUCUCUCAGGAGACAACCCUCGUGGUGGUCGUAUCGAAGACAUUCACUACGGCGGAGACGAUGUUGAAUGCGAGGACUUGCCGGACAUGGAUCACGUCGAAGCUCGGAGCAGAUGCCGUGUCGAAGCACAUGAUUGCGGUGAGCACGAACUUGAAGCUUGUGAAGGAGUUCGGCAUUGACCCGGAGAAUGCUUUCGCCUUCUGGGACUGGGUGGGGGGACGCUACAGCGUUACCAGCGCGGUGGGUGUCCUACCCCUCUCGUUGCACUACGGAUUCGAGAAAGUAGAGGAGUUCCUGCAAGGGACGUGGAGCAUGGACCAGCAUUUCCGCAAUACACCGUUGGAGAAAAACCUCCCGGUGCUCCUCGGGCUUCUCAGCGUAUGGAACGUCACCUUCCUCGGGUACCCCGCUCGUGCAAUUCUCCCUUACUCACAAGCUCUGCAGAAACUCGCACCACACAUUCAACAAGUUAGCAUGGAGAGCAAUGGCAAAGGCGUCGCAAUCGACGGCACGCGUUUACCUUUCGAAGCGGGGGAGAUUGAAUUUGGGGAGCCCGGCACGAACGGCCAGCACAGCUUCUACCAGCUGAUCCACCAGGGGCGCACCAUCCCCUGCGACUUUAUUGGCUCCGUGAAGAGUCAGAAGCCUAUCUACAUGAUCGGGGAGAAGGUGAGCAACCACGACGAGCUCAUGUCAAAUUUCUUCGCUCAAGCAGAUGCUCUCGCCUACGGCAAGACGCGGGAGGAUCUGCAAGCCGAGAAUGUGAAGGAGUCUCUAGUCCCUCACAAGGUUUUCACUGGCAAUCGCCCCUCCUUGAGCAUUCUCCUCCCCGCGCUCAACGCCUACACCGUUGGCCAGCUGCUAUCCCUCUACGAGAACCGAAUCGCAGUACAGGGAUUCGUGUGGGGCAUUAACUCAUUCGACCAAUGGGGCGUGGAGCUCGGCAAAAGCUUGGCUACCAAGGUGCGCUCGCAGCUGAACGAAGCACGCACGAAGGACGCUCCCGUGCAAGGAUUCAACUACAGCACCACGUAUCUCUUGAAGCACUACUUAAAGGGGAAGACGUCGGUGGCGAACUCCGACCCCAAAAACGUUUUUCCGAGCGAGUUCCAGAGUUAGGCAGGAAAGAGGCGAUGUCUCGCACGCCCAACCCACACCAGGUCGUGGUUUUCUUUUUAAACUCUGCGUAUGCGACAUGAAUGUAUAACGGCAAAUAACAGACCAGGAAUUACACGAGCCUGCUCUUGCUUGCAUUCCUUGUGGAGAAUGAUGUGUGUAUGUGAGCUUGUUGGCGGUGGAUUAUCUCGUAGCAGCGUUGCGUUGCAGACUGUGGGUUGCUGUUGCUACUUGACCAGAAUGAGCGAGCGCCAUGGAGUGAAGCUUAUGAGCAGUAUGCAUUCUAUCUCUCGCACCGGGAAUAUUCUAUACAAGGUGAAAGCAAGUCUCUGAUGUUGCUUACCGACAUGGUUUCAACUUAGUGGUUUGCUUGUGUUGAUCUAAAUAUUGAGUGUUCGUUUCUUCAUGUGUGGGUUUUAGAGGAAGGGAAUGGGUUAGGGAUAAAUUUCUUGUAGAAUACGUGUAGUCUAAUUUUGCUUUAGCGAUUAGGCCUCCACUGAAUGCUUCUUUUGAUGGACUAGAGUUUUCCUGCAAUUUAUGGAUACAGAAAUGUGGGUUGCAAAGAGUGGAUGCUUUGUGAUGCAGUUUGAUUGUACAACCUCCAGUUUCACUGCUUCAUAAAGAAAAUACCUGGAAGAUUAAAUUCUUCGUUCUCCUUGUGGACAAUGCAUUCUUAACAGAACUUCGAAGUGGACA